AUGCUGCGGCUGGUCCGGGCCGGGGCGCGGGCCUGGCUCCCGCCCACCCGCUGCCAGCGGCUGAGCGUGCUGGCGGAAGAGGCAGCGCAGCCACCGGAGAAGCCGGAGCCGGUGGCGAGCCCGGGUCCCCCGGCACCGGUGCUGCGAAAGUGCGAGCUCCCCGUGCCCUCACACCGGCGUCCGGUGCAGGCCUGGGUCGAGUCCCUGCGGGGCUUCGAGCAGGAGCGCGUAGGUCUGGCCGAGCUGCACCCCGACGUUUUCUCCACGGCGCCCAGGCUGGAUAUCCUGCACCAGGUCGCCAUCUGGCAGAAGAACUUCAAGAGAAUUAGCUAUGCCAAGACCAAGACUAGAGCUGAGGUGCGGGGCGGUGGCCGGAAGCCCUGGCCACAAAAAGGCAGUGGGCGUGCAAGGCACGGCAGUAUCCGCUCCCCGAUCUGGCGAGGAGGAGGUAUUGCCCAUGGCCCCCGGGGCCCCACAAGCUACUACUACAUGCUGCCCAUGAAAAUGCGGGUGCAAGGCCUCAGAGUGGCGCUGACCAUCAAGCUGGCUCAGGACAACCUGCACAUCGUGGACUCCCUGGAGAUGCCUACUGCAGACCCUCAGUACCUAACGGAGCUGGCCUGCUACCGCCGCUGGGGGGACUCCGUGCUCCUGGUGGACUUAGUGCACGAGGACAUGCCUCAGAACAUGGUGGCCGCCACAUCGGGGCUGAAGACCUUCAACCUGAUCCCAGCUGUGGGCUUGAACGUGCACAGCAUGCUGAAGCACCAGACGCUGGUCCUAACCCUGCAGACUGUUGCCUUUCUGGAGGAGAAGUUGCUCUGGCAGGACUCACGCUACUCGCCCCUCUAUCCCUUCCGCCUGCCCUACUGCGACUUCCCCUGA